AUGGAGAGCUCGGGCUUUGUCAAACAGCUAGCCUCGAACACCAGGACUGUGAGAGAGGAGGCCCUGGAGUCGCUGAAGAAAUAUUUGACCACCAGACAGUUCAAAGACAGCAAGCAAAUACAGUUCGAUAAACUGUGGAAGGGUCUAUACUAUGCGAUGUGGUUCAGCGACAGACCCAGACCGCAGCAGAGGCUGGCGGCGAGUCUCGCUCAGCUUCACGAGCUCUACUUCGACCCUAAAGACAACAGCGUGGCCCGCGAGCAGCCGGGCGAGGCGGGCAGCGAGGUGGAGGACGACAACGUCCAGCUGCUGACUCUGAACGACAAGGCGUUUCUCAAAUUCAGCAAGGCCUUCUGGCGCGUGAUGUGUUUGGAGUGGUACCACAUCGACCACCACCGCCUCGACAAGUACCUGUUGCUGGUGAGGCGGGUGCUGGCCAGCCAGCUGCGAUACCUGCAGAUGCGGCUGUGGGACAGGCCCGUGGUAUCCAACUACAUCCGUGCGGUUCUCCGCAAACUGCCGCUCAGCGGCGACAAGAAGGUCUACAACGGGAUCCCGUUCCACAUCAUCGACAUCUUCGCAGACGAGUGGGAGAAGUUGCUGUUCGGGGGAGACGACGCAGACGACAACGACGAGGACAACGAAGCUGGCCUCGACCAGCAGCGGGAGGCAGUCAGCCACACGCCCUUGGCCGACUUCAUCGAGGUCUUCCAGGACCUCGCCUCCAACGUCGACAACAUCAAGAUUUUGCGCGACAAGAUCAAGCAGGACAUCUUCCAAGACCCAAGAUUGAAGGCCUGGGGCGUCCUGGAGGCGCCAGGAGACGAAAGCGACGAGGAAGAGGAGUGGACCGGCUUCUGA